CAAAUAAUAUUCAAAAUCCAAGUUUGGCAAAUUAUGAUGACCAUAAUGAAGUUAACUCAAACACUAUUACCUACAAUAAUAACAUAUUUAUAUCUACUCAAUCUCAGCUUGAAUUCACAAUGGCCAGUAUUUGCUGCUGCCCAAACAAUGCCAGUGAAGGUAGGUGUUGUGUUAGAUAAUGAAAGCAUGGAGGGUAAGAUAGGGUUGAGCUGCAUAAACACCGCGAUUUUGGAUUUCUAUGCAGCUCAUCCUGAGUUCAAGACCAGGAUUGUUCUUCAUCUUAGAGACUCCAAAGAUCAUGAUAUUGUUAUGGCCGCGUCUGCUGUAUUGGAUUUACUGAAGAAUGACCAAGUGACAGCAAUCAUAGGUCCAGAAACUUCUCCUGAGGCUCAAUUUGUUGUCAGUCUCGGGAAGAAAGCUCGAGUUCCAAUUGUUUCCUACUCAGCUACGAGCCCUUCACUUUCUCCCACGCAAAACCCGUAUUUCAUUCGAGCAACACAGGAUGAUUCCUGCCAAGUGCAACCCAUCAGUGACCUUAUCCAAGCUUUUGGAUGGAGAGAAGUUGUACCUGUCUAUGUUGCUAAUGAAUUUGGUGGUGGGAUCAUACCUUUCUUGGCUGAUAAACUGCAAGAGAUUGGGACAAACAUUCCUUAUAGGAGUGUCAUUCCAUCUUCUGCCUCCAAUGAUCGGAUAGAAUUAGAGUUGUACAAGCUGAAAUCUAUGUCUCCUCGCGUCUUUGUAGUUCAUAUGGAAGCUUCUCUGGCAUCUCGGCUGUUUUUGAAAGCAGCAAAGCUUGGUAUGAUGAGCAAAGACUAUGUAUGGAUCAUCACGAAUGUAGUGGCCGAUGUCUUGGAGUCUUUAGAUCCUCUAGUAAUACAGUCAAUGCAGGGUGUACUAGGAGUGAAAACUUAUGUAGCUAGAACAAAAGAGCUGGACAAUUUUAGUACUAGAUGGAAAAUGAAAUUUCAGCAAGAAAAUCCUGUCCUUGAAAAUGUAGGAAUGAGCAUUGAUGGACUUCGGGCUUAUGAUGCAACUAUUGCCCUUGCAAAAGCUGUGGAAGAAGUUGGUAUUUCUAACUUCACAUUUCAGAGAGCUGACAAUAAUGCUGCCAAUUCAUCAACUGAUAUCUCUGAUAUAAGAGUUUCGUUGUUUGGUCCUGAAUUACUCCAAUCGAUACUGAGGUCAAGGUUUAGGGGAUUCGUUGGAAGUUUUGAUCUAGAAGAAGGGCAGCUGCAAUGUCCAACUUAUCAGCUUAUAAAUGUAUGGGGCAGUCGAGAGAAGGAAAUUAGUUUAUGGACUUCAGAAAGCAGCAGUAAACAUGCCCUUGUAAAGGCUGAUCUUGAGUCCAUCGUAUGGCCUGGGGGCUCUAAGUCUGCUCCCAAAGGUUGGGUAGUUUCACCAAAUGGUAAAAGGUUAAAAAUUGGUGUUCCAAUUAAGUUUGGCUUCACUCAAUUUGUGAAUGUCACUCAAGAUCCUGCCACCAAUGAAACAAAAGUUACAGGAUACUGCAUCGACGUUUUUGAUGCUGUAAUGAAAACACUGCCAUACUAUGUAGCAUACAAUUAUGUCCCUUACACAGAGAAAGAAGGUGAACCUACCAGUAGCUAUGACAAUCUGGUUUCUCAAGUCUACCUUAAGAAUUUUGAUGCAGUGGUAGGAGAUAUAACAAUCCGAGCAAAUAGGUCAUCGCUUGUUGAUUUUACGUUGCCUUAUACUGAUUCUGGUGUCGUAAUGGUAGUACCUAUGAAAAGCAAUCAGAAAAUACGAGCUUGGCUCUUUGUAAAACCCCUGACCAGGGAUUUAUGGGUUGUAACCUUCUGUUCCUUUAUAUUCAUUGCAUUUGUAGUUUGGGUGCUUGAACAUCGAAUAAACGAAGAUUUCAGGGGACCACCAGGGCAUCAGGCUGGAACAAGUCUAUAUUACUCCUUCUCAACACUGGUUUUCUCACACAGUUUUAAUGUGUUCAGCAACCUGACAAGGUUUGUGGUGAUUAUUUGGGUUUUUGUGGUGCUCAUUCUUAUACAAAGCUACACCGCAAACUUGGCUUCAUUGCUGACAGUGGAACAGCUUCAACCCACCAUUAAAGACGUUAAGGAGCUGAUAAAAGGAGGGGAAGUGGUAGGGUUUCUAGAAGGUUCCUUUGUUAAGGAUUCUCUAAGAGAGAUGAACUUUAGUCCCUCAAACCUAAAGCCCUAUAAUACGACAGAGCAGUUGCAUGAACUUUUAAAAAAGGGAACACAUAAAGGAGGCAUUGCAGCAGCAUUUGAUGAACUUCCAUAUGUGAAGAUUUUUCUUGCAGAAUAUGGCUCUAGAUAUACCAUGGUUCCACCAACAUAUAAGACCGAUGGCUUUGGAUUUGUUUUUCCCAGAGGUUCUCCUCUUGGAUCAGAUGUUUCCCGCAGAGUGCUAGCUAUAACAGAGGGAAAAGAAAUGACAGCAUUGGAGAAGAAGUGGUUUAAGGAUACAGAUUGCCAAGAUUUGAGUGCAUCAUUGUCUUCAACUAGCCUUGGUCUUGACAGUUUUUGGGGCUUAUUUACAAUUGCAGUGGCUGCAGCGUUGUUUGCUCUCAUCGUAUCCUUGUCAGGCUUCCUUAAAGAGCAUAGAAAUGUAUGGACUGAUGGUAGUGCCUCAGUUUGGACUAGAGCUAAAACAUUGAUGAGGGUUUAUGACCAAAAGAAUCUCAGCUCCCAUACUUUCAGAAAAAGUACAACACAAGAUCAAAAUUUUCUCGGUACACCAUCAAAUAGUCCUUCAAGGUAUUGGAAUAGUUCAGAAAGAGGUUUAGAUAAUUAUGAAGGACAACCAACUCCUUUGCCAGAGAAAACAGAUGUUAACUUGGAAGAUGUAAAGGUUACUGCUAAUUAACAGGCUCAAGUCGAGUUCAGAUGCACAAACCUAUACACAGCAUAGACUGAUGUAGCUCAUUUAGGUAUGCAAGGAGAGACCAUGUAAACUUGUAAAGUAUGAUGAAAAUGUAUAAUCAUUAUUUAAUGUAAACACGAUUCUGUUCUUACUUAUCUGCCUAACUAGGAUAUACUUAGACUUUGUACAUGACCUCAUCUUUAAACAUGUUAUGCAAUAUGACAUGAAUUUUUU